AUGCCGACCCCACCACCACAACUGGUCUUUAGCAACGACAUCGCGCACAUGGAUGAAUGGGCAAGACGGACAGGCAUCCCCCUUACGAGCGCCGAAGCCCUGGGAACGAACUACGCCCGAGCCCGGAGAUGGCUCCUCUCUAUCCGCGCUCAGCUCGUACAGAACUUCGGGUGGUGUGAUAUCACCCCUCUCGACCCACGCCUGCUCUUCGACAUCGAGUGCCCGUCUCCAUACCGCUCUUCCAGGGGUCUCCCUCGUAGCCCCAAUAUGCGUCUACAGAUUCCCGCCAACGCCUCGUCGUUUUUCUCGCGUGAGAGGCGCGUACAGUGGGAGAUGGUCUUCCACAGCGCUCUCUUUCCUGGCCUGCGACAUACCGUUCCUGCUGUCGCGGACCUGUUGCAUCUACUACAGUGCCUGUUGACAGGCAUGCUCGUCCUUGUCAAGGAGGAACAAGUGCCAGGAGGGGGGUUGGAGCGGACGAUACGGGCUUUACCACCUGUCGAGUGGGUUCACUCGCACGAGUCAAUGCUCACAGAAAGUCUUGGUCCUACGCAUUACAGGCAAUUGUUCAGGGCCGCUGGUGACAAUCGAAUUGCCUUCAACCUCGAGCGCUGUUAA